AUGUGGCGACGUAUCGAUCCCAUACCCUUUCGGGACGACACCGAUUGCUACCGAGCCGAAAACUUCGCAAUCACCUGCAACACCACCACGGCGCUCGAAAACUCGGACCCCCCGAGACCCUUCCUCCGCAACACGACGAUGGAAAUUACGAAAAUAUCCCUCGACGGCCAGCUCACCGCCCUGCAGCCCAUCGUGCACGCCUGCUACAACGCCAGCCGAAACCAAUCGAUUCACGACCCGUGGAUCGUGCUGCCCGAGCAGUUGACCGUCAACACGUCGGUCAACCGGUUUUCCCUCGUCGGCUGCUAUAUGUUAGGCUACAUCGCCAGCUUCGGGCUCGACCAGGGACGGUUGACCGGGUGCGUGACCAACUGCACCGCCGCCCGCAACGCGUCUGAUCCCAGCCCCACCGGAUUCUGCCAGGUGUCGGUCUCUGAUUCGGUGAUGGCCGGGAGAGUCGAUUUGCUUUUCGGGAGCUUCGCUUACCUCAGCCUCGAGCCGAACGAUACGUACUGCGGCUACGCUUUCAUGGCUGAAGAAGGCGCGUUUUCGAAUACUCCCGAGAAUUUAACGAAUUUGGGGGGGAGACAUUUGGAGAGGCUGCCAAUGUCGAUCGAUUGGGCUGCCGGGAACGAGACUUGCGAAUUGGCCCGAACGAACGAUACUAGUUAUGCUUGCAAGAGUCGGAAUUCGGAGUGUUACGAGCCGAGUAAUGGUUAUGGAUAUCGGUGUAAUUGCAGCCAAGGUUAUCAUGGGAAUCCUUACCUAGUUAAUGGUUGUGAAGAUGUAAACGAGUGUCUGAUUCCAACGCUAAACGUCUGCGAAAAGAGAUGUAUCAACACGCUCGGUGGCUUUCAUUGUGUGUGUCCGAAAGGGUACUAUGGCGAUGGAAGAAAAGGCGGGAAAGGUUGCAUACGCGGUGAAUCGCUCGUCUACAAACUUGCUGCAGGUAUUGCUAUAGGAGUCAUAGGACUCUUACUCGCCGGUUGCUGGCUGCAUUGGAAGCUCAAAAGAAGGAUACUGAUCAAGAUGAGACGAAAGUUUUUCGUGCAAAACGGCGGCAUGCUGUUGCAGGAGAAACUCGUCGCUAAAAAAAGAUCGGCAUCCUCUUGCACGUCCCGAAUCUUCAGUUCAUCCGAGCUGAAAAAGGCUACCAAAAACUUCAACAGCAGCAUGAUCAUAGGCCAAGGAGGCUACGGAACUGUCUACAAAGGCUUACUUCCCGAUAACCAAACAGUCGCCAUUAAAAAAUCCAAAUUAGAAGUUGAACCGAACCAAAUCGAGCAGUUCAUCAAUGAAGUAAUCAUUCUCACCCAAAUAAACCACCGAAAUGUCGUCAAGCUCCUCGGCUGCUGUCUCGAGACGCGAGUGCCUCUGCUCGUUUACGAGUUCGUGAGCAACGGCACGCUUUACGAACACUUGCACCACGGCAAGGACAAGGCGCGGGCCCUCUCGUGGGACGUUCGUCUUAAGAUAGCGAGGGAGACAGCUGGCGUGCUUUCGUACCUACACUCUUCGGCCUCGACUCCGAUCAUACACAGGGAUGUGAAGUCGGCUAAUAUCCUUUUGGAUCACACGUUCACGGCAAAAGUGUCUGAUUUCGGUGCCUCGAAACUCGUCCCGUUGGACCAUACACAACUGUCGACAGUUGUCCAAGGGACGCUCGGUUAUUUGGACCCGGAGUACAUGCAGACAAAUCAGCUGACCGAGAAAAGUGACGUGUACAGCUUCGGGGUAGUGCUUGUCGAGCUUCUGACGGGGAUGAAGGCUUUGAGCUUAGAUAGGCUGGAAGAGGAGAUGAACCUGGCGAAUUAUUUUCUUUCGUCGAUGAGGGCAAAUCGGAAUCGGUUGUUUGAAAUUGUUGCGGAUGAUAUCGUGAGGGAGGGAGAUAACGAGGAGCAGGUGACGAGAGUGGCCGAGCUGGCGAUGAGCUGUCUGAACGUGAGAGGGGACGAUCGGCCGAGUAUGAAGGAGGUGGCGAUGGAAUUGGAAGGGCUGUACCAAAUCCAUCCCAUAAUGUUUUUUCUAACAACUCUUCUCACACUAAUCACCUCAACAACAAAAACGGCAUCGUUUCCAAUCGCGAAGCCCGACUGUCCGAGCCGAUGUGGCGAUGUAUCGAUCCCAUACCCUUUCAGGACGACACCCGAUUGCUACCGAGCCGAAAACUUCGCAAUCACCUGCAACACCACGAUGGUGCUCGAGAACUCGAACCCCCAGAGACCCUUCCUCCGCAACACGACGAUGGAAAUUACGAAAAUAUCCCUCGACGGCCAGCUCACCCCCCUGCAGCCCAUCGUGCACGCCUGCUACAACGCCAGCCGAAACCAAUCGGUUCACGACCCGUGGAUCGUGCUGCCCGAGCAGUUGACCGUCAACACGUCUGUCAACCGGUUUUCCCUCGUCGGCUGCUAUAUGUUAGGCUACAUCGCUAGCUUCGGGCUCAACCAGGGACGGUUGACGGGGUGCGUGACCAACUGUACCGCCGCCCGCAACGCGUCUGAUCCCGGCCCCACCGGAUUCUGCCAGGUGUCGGUCUCGGAUUCGGUGAUGGCUGGGCGAGUCGAUUUGCUUUUCGGGAACUUCGCGUACCUCACUGCCUGGAGCCGAAGGGGGUUUUAG